AUGAUUCAGGAGGAUUAUCCACGCCAAGCUCCUCUGUGGUUCAGCGAGUCAGACGAUGCAGUUAUUUGUUCAGCAUUAGAAAGAUUGUCCUCAGGAGCCGAUCAGCAAAAUUGCUUACUUGCACAGAUCCACAAAUUGGUCUCAGAACUAUGUCGCCAAUAUAACGUCACGAUUCCGUCAGAAUUGACUCGUUUGGCACCUCCUGAUGAGGAUGAUCUGAAGGAUGAAGGACAAGGGAGCGACAUGGAGUCGGAGGAUGAAGAAGGCGAAGAAUUGGUUGAGAUCGCCGAAGUUGAUAUGACCGAAGAGGAGCCCCACGGUAGCACGGACGAUGAUGUUUCUCCGGAAGGAAAGGAGAUGCUCGAGAAAAUCACGAGGUCGACUCGUCAACAACAUCUGAAUGGAAAUGUGGGGAAAUUGUUUAUUUCAAAAUGUGUUUAUCCUUUUUUGAAAGCGUCAACUCGUAAAAUAACGAAAAUCCAAGGAUCUGUAACGGCUACCGAUCGUCUGAUGAAAGAAAUGAGGGAUAUCUACAAGAGUGAACACUUCAAGAACGGUGUUUAUUCUAUUGAGCUGCGUGAUGGGGAUAACUUGUACGAGUGGUGGGUGAAACUCUACAAGGUGGAUUCCGACAGCGCAUUGUACUCUGAUCUUCUCACAUUAGCUACUGAACAUAAACAGGAUCAUAUUCUCUUCCACUUUCUCUUUAACGAGAACUUCCCUUGUGACCCACCUUUCGUGCGUCUAGUGUCACCGACGGUUUCCAACGGAUAUGUCCUCGGUGGUGGAGCAAUAUGUAUGGAAUUGCUGACUAAGCAAGGAUGGUCAUCAGCGUAUUCGAUCGAGUCGCUCAUCCUGCAGAUUGCAGCAACUCUGGUAAAGGGGAAGGCUAGGAUACAAUUUGAGGCUAAGGCGCAAUACAGUCUUGCAAGAGCUCAGCAGUCGUUCAAAUCACUGGUACAGAUACAUGCAAAAUCAGGCUGGUACACUCCACCCACUACUGAAGGAUGA